AUGCGAAACAUCAUGACUUUAGGACGUAUCGUCAGGUUAAGAAAUUGGCUCAAUCAAUGCGGAAAUUCUACAGAGUUCGACUCUAGUUCUUUAGAGAAAGAAAUCGAUGAGCUUGUCUUAGAGAACCGCAAAUUGGUGAACUUAAAAACUAAUCGUGAUCUGGCUCCAAAUGUGCGGUUCUCGAUCUUGAUUUGUUAUGCACUUGGGUACAGUGCUGUGAUUCUCUAUGAUCGAGUGUGCCGACCAUCGAUAAGAACAAAUGAUCGAUGUCAAAGUGCUGCCACUGAAAUCAUGAAAAUCACAAUCGAGUUGGCUGGCCUUCGAGAUUCUCCAUAUCCAAAAUCACAACUGUGGCCUUUUCCACUUUUAAUUGCAGGGGUUGAAACAACAGAUCCGAUUUAUCAACGAUGGGUUUUAGAUCAGUUUGUGGAGUAUGAGAAGCAAGGUUGGGGUGUACAUAUGACGAAAGCAAUCGCUCUCCUUGAAGAAUGUUAUCUUAGGCAAGCUUCUGCUGGUACUCGAGUGGAUCUUGGAGAAGUGAUGGAUUCGACGACGGGUGCUUUUGUGCUGUAG